AUGCUUCUUCCCGUCGCGAUUUAUGGCCUCGAGGUCCCGGCUGGCGGCAUGCCUGUUGCGGCCAUCCCCGACUUCCCUGCCACUUUCCGCAUCACUAUGGCCGCCAUCGACCCCAACGCUGAGCCCAAGGAGGACGGAGCCCCGAAGGGCGUUCCUGCUCGCGCUACCCUCAAGCUGAUUCGCGAGCCCAUCCGCUCUGACGAGGACGAGGACGAGUCUGACGAUGAGGACGACUACGACUCUAUCCGCCGCCGUCUUGGUGACGCCGUCUCUGACGAGGAGUCGUCCGAUGAGGAUGAGGAUGAGAAGAACGGCGGCCCUAGCGACCCCUCCAAGACUAAGAAGGGCCGUGCCGAGGCUGCUCUCAAGAAGAUCAUGGAGUCUCUGGGCAACGAGGACGACGACAUGGAGGUCGACGAUGCCCCCAAGAAGAACAAGGGCAAGGGCAAAGCUUCUGCUGAGGAGGAGGAUGACGACGACGAGGAAGAUGAGGACUCGGAUGAUGAGGACGGUAUGGAGGUGGAAGAGUUUGUCAUUUGCACCCUUGACCCUAAGAACACCUACCAGCAGCCUCUGGACAUCACCAUCGGCGAGGACGAGCAUGUUUUCUUCCAGGUUACUGGUGCUUACGACAUCUCGCUCACCGGUAACUACGUUGUCCCUGACCACACUCAUGAUGACGAUGACGAGGAUGAUGAGGACUACGACCUGUCCCCCGAUGAGGAUGAGCUUGAGGACGAGUACGAGACUGAGGAGGAGGACGAGCUCGACGGCCUUGAGGACCCCAGGAUCACUGAGGUCGAUAGCGAGGAGGAGGCUCCCAAGCUUGUUGAGGCUCCCAAGGGCAAGAACAAGCGCGGUGCCGAGUCUCUUGACGAGAUGAUCAGCAAGGAGGCUGCUGGCGAGAAGCUCAGCAAGAAGCAGCAGAAGAAGCUCAAGAACAACGAGGGUAAGGCCAUUGAGGCCGCCAAGGAGAGCCCCGCCGACAAGAAGAAGGUUCAGUUUGCCAAGAACCUCGAGCAGGGCCCCACUGGCUCUCCUCUUCCCAAGAAGGAUGAGAAGGCUGAGAAGAAGCCUGAGGGCAAGGAUCAGAAGACUGGUCUUGGCCUCAAGGUCGUCCAGGGCGUCAAGGUUGAUGACAAGAAGCUUGGCUCCGGCCCUGCUGCGAAGAAGGGUGACCGUGUCGGUAUGCGCUACAUCGGCAAGCUCGAGAACGGCAAGGUCUUUGACUCCAACAAGAAGGGCAAGCCUUUCUCUUUCAAGCUUGGCUCCGGCGAGGUCAUCAAGGGCUGGGACAUCGGUAUUGCCGGCAUGACUGUCGGUGGUGAGCGCCGCAUCACCAUCCCGGCCAACCUUGCCUACGGCAAGCAGUCCCUGCCCGGCAUUCCCGCCAACUCUACCCUCGUCUUCGACAUCAAGAUGGUCAGCUUGAACUAA